AACACCAUUUGGAAACUGACGAGCAACCACCAUCCAUCCGUCACGCGGCACAUACACUCACCAACUCGGGGGUGUCCAGCAUGUCGCGGUGCGGGGCCGUCGCGAGGCCGCUCGCACGGCAAUUGCUGCCGCUGCGCAGCUUUGCUACGACAGCCCGACAGCAGCUGCAGGAGCAAGCUCCCUCGUCACCAUCAUCGUCCUCAACAGCACCACCACCGCCAUCCUCAUCAUCACCCUCGUCCUCCUCCUUAUCCUUCUCGACGACAGCCGCCGCCGAACCCUCUCCUCUCGAUCUCGACCCCGACACCGUCCUGCCGCAGUUCGAGGCUCCGCUCAUCAAGGCCGGCAAGAUGCCCAUAGGCUCGCGCCGCCGCCGCGUCGCCCUGCGCAGCACCAUGGGGGGCGUCGCCCUGCCCUUCGAGCAGCUCCCCUACCAGGCCUUCCAGGAGGCCCGCGCUAUCCUCGCCGCCGACCGCGCCGACAAGCUGGCCCAGAUUGGCUCCCAGCUGGGCCGCAUCGCCCGCCUCGAGGCUGCGGAUCCGGCGGCCAUGCGCGGCGGCCAGCGCAUGCGCGACACGCGCCUUGCCAGUCUGCGCAGGCACGUCGACCGCCUCAAGAUCCUGGCCGACGCAAACGACCCACUGGUCAAGAAGCGCUUCGAGGACGGGUUGGGCGACAUGAACAAGCCCAUCUACCGCUACUAUGCCGAGAAAAAGUGGCGCGCCUACGACCGCCGCCUCAUCGUCCAGCGCAUCAAGCAGUUCAGCAUCGUCCCCGACCUGCUGCCCAAGCUGGACCCCACGGCCGACGUGCAGCUCUUCUUCCGCCGCGCCAAGGUGUCGCCCGGCGCCAUUGUCGACAGCGCCGUCAGCGAGCUCGCCCCGCGCCUGCGCAUCCAGCUAUUUGACCGCGGCGAGCGCCUCGUCACCGUCGCCGUCGUCGACGCCGACGUCCCCGACCUCGACGCCGACGCCUUUUCCAAGCGCUGCCACUUCCUCGCCGCCAACGUGCCCCUCAGCCCCACGAGCGGCUCCCUGCCCCUCGCCCGCGUCGGCGCCCGCGGCCACGCCGGCCAGCUCGCCCUCCCCUGGCUGCCCCCGGCCGCCCAAAAGGGCAGCCCCUACCACCGCCUCGCCAUCGUCCUGUUCGAGCAGCGCCCCGGCGAGCCCCUCGACGUCGACGCCCUCGCCACCCUGCCCCGCGACGGCUUCUCCCUCAAGUCCCUGCGCGACAAGUUCGCCCUCGCCCCCUUUGGCUUCACCAUGUUCCGCUCCGUCUGGGACGACAACACCGCCGACGUCAUGGCCCGCCACGCCCUCCCCGGCGCCGACGUCGAGCUGCGGCCCAUGCGCGUCCGCAGCCUCAAGCCCCCCGUCAAGCCCCGCGGCUGGGAGGCCAAGCGCCAGGGCCCCAAGUACCGCCACCUCUGGAAGUACACCAAGCGCAUCAGGGGCAUCUCCAACGCCCGCGGCUGGAUCAAGAAGAGGUAGAGCGGUGGAGCCGCUCAUGUCGUCGAGCGUGCGUUGUUGGUCCGUGUACGAUAGAUGGUACUACUAUUACUACUACAACUACAACUAUGUCAAGUGAGUCAGUCAGUCAGUCGGUGUUGUGUUGCCGCCUCGCCGGGGGUUGGGCAUGUAUGUAUGUAUGUAUGUACAUGUAACUAGAAGGAGGUUCAUCUCCGCGUAGACAUG